UCUCUGCCUGCCUGUCUGUCUGUGUCUCUCUCCCAUUCUCCACCCACCAUCAUCUGUGUGUUGAGUCAGAUCCACCAUAAUUCCCUGUAGCCUACCAGUGAUGUCUUGCUGUAUGUUUACUAUGACAUCAGAAUUAGUCAAUAAUAAACUCAUUGUGAGAAACAAUGGGCGGGGGAGGGGUACUGUGAAUAAAACAGACAUGCCCCAGGUGGGUAGUGAAUAAUUCAGAUACCCAGCUCCCUUACUUGAACCCCCUCUGCCCUCACCUGCGGAGCUAUGACUACAACCACACACGAUAACCAUUCAGCAUUUCUUCUGUCUCUGCCAAACAUCUACAGCCAGGUGAGUCUUUAUUCACAGCCAGCAGGUGAGUCUUUACUCACAGCCAGCAAGGUGAGUCUUUACUCACAGCCAGCAGGUGAGUCUUUACUCACAGCCAGCAGGUGAGUCUUUACUCACAGCCAGCAGGUGAGUCUUUACUCACAGCCAGCAGGUGAGUCUUUACUCACAGCCAGCAGGUGAGUCUUUACUCACAGCCAGGUGAGUCUUGUUUUUACUGCACAGCGGGAAUGUGAGAGAGAGUAUUCUUUUUACAAGAGGCUUGUGUUGUGGGAUGGGGAGUUGUAGUACAAUGUAGCGUUGGUUGUCAGUGAGGUGCAGGAAAUCUCCUGUCACUCAGUGUAAAGCUUUAGUAACUGCAGUUUGGAGUUGGCCAGAGGAGCAUCUGUGUAUGUGGUUUAUAUCCAAAAUACAUGGACUGUAGUGUUUUGUGUGUAGAGACCUGAAAUAGGAGGAUUUUACAUGAAUUCAGGAAUAUGUAUUUAUUUGUAUGUAUUUUAUUUUGUGUGCUGGCAGUCACCCAUCUCCUGGUGUGUGUUCAGGUAUGUGUGUGUGUGUACCUAGCUGUAUGUCUGUGUACCACUCUCAUUGUGUCUGUCCCUUGCAGCAGUACCAUGGUGUCUGGUGCUAUAGCGUUGGCCUUCCUCCCCCUGGUGUUGACUUUCAUUAUUCGUUACCGCUACUACUUUGUGCUGUUCUACCGGGCGGUGCUAGUCAGGAUGUGGUAUGACUGUACGACGGGGCUGAGCAGGGAGGAGAGGGCCUUCCAGUACGUUCUGACCCACGCCAUCCCCGGCGACCCAGAAAGUAUCCUGGAAACCUUUGACCUCUGGUGCAGCAAGGUGGAGUUCAUCAGCAACAUCGGCCCCAAAAAAGGUAAGAUCAUGGACCGGAUUCUUUCUGAGCACUGCCCUCUGACCGUGCUGGAGCUAGGGUCCCACUGUGGGUACAGCACAGUGCGUAUCGCCCGGGCACUGCCCCUGGGUGCCAGGCUCUACAGUGUAGAAAUGGAUGCGAUAAACGCUGCCAUAGCAGAGAAGAUCAUACGGCUGGCGGGCUUCGACGAUGACACGGUGGAGCUGAUAGUGAGUCCGUCAGAUGAGGUAAUCCCAAGGUUGCGGGCAGACUACGGUCUGGAGCGGUUGGACUUUGUGUUCAUGGACCACUGGAAAAAAUGCUACCGUCCUGACUUGCAGGCUCUGGAGGGCUCUGGUCUGCUGGGAAAAGGCUCUGUAGUGCUUGCCGACAACGUCCUAUUUCCGGGUGCUCCUAACUUCCUCCGACACGUCCGCAAGAGUGGCCUCUACGAGUGGAAGAUCCACAGGGCCACUCUAGAGUACAGCAAGGGCAUCAGGGAUGGGAUGGCUGAACUUGUUUACCAGGGGAUCAAGUAGGGUGGGGGCAUAGUGACGGACACACUCAUCUGUUACCUAGACAUACGAGACUGAGGUUGGGGGCAACUUACUUUUGUUCUCGGAGCCUACUAGUCUUCUGCUAUUUUCUGCUUAGUGCCCCCUGCUGGUUGAAUAUCAUUCUGACAGUCUCUCACGUGUUUUACAGGUCUGUCUGUUGCAUUAAUAAAUCCAUUACAUACUUUCUCU